AUGGCCUCUGGAUCCGGUGCCGACAAGAAGGCAGAGAAAUCAACUUGGGCUUCUGCAGUGGAUUCCAUCAACCCGUGGUCCGUCAGCCGAAGCUCGACACCGACCCCGACACCAAAAGAGCAGCCACCAGCGCCUCCUACGCCCAAGCCGGCUCCCCAGGGAGGCGACCACAGCAUCAACCCCAUAUACGGCAUCAGUACCAGGAAGUAUCCUCCGGACUGUCCUCCAGUUAAGGUCCAGUGGUUCCAUGCUGUUGAUGUCCCCAAGCGAAAGCCACAGCUCAUCAAGGGCAAACGGAAACCCGACGAAAAGCCACCCCAACCUCCCAAGAAAUGGGUCCCAUUCUCCAACAACGACACGCGAUCCAUCGAGGCUGCAUACCAGGGCGUUCUAGAGAGCACAGAAAUCGAGCGGGAGCGAAGCAACUCGGGCCCAACCAGGAACUUUUCAGGCCCGCGGAGGGCAUUCACUUCAGACUCUGAAGAGAGCGAUACACAAGGUGGAACUAAGGUCCCGGUUAAUGAAGAUUUUCUCUUCGACGUCGACAUAGAAAAACGAGAGCUCGCCCCAGUCUACUGGCUGGGUCCUGUCUACGAUGUGCGCCGUGGAAGCUGGUUCUACCAGGAGGGCUCGAACCUUCGUCCCUGCGAGGAGAAUCUCGCUGCGCAACUGGAGGAGGGAUAUCUCAAGUGCAAACCCUGGCUCUAUCCUGCCCCAAGAAUCCGAAGCGACCCAAAAUCAAAGAAGGGAGACGUGACACCGAAGGGAUCGGUCGAUAACCUCCGGGCCCAGGCCGCUGCGCAAGCCGACCCAUCUUUGAAACCGCAGGGGCCACCGCAAACACAUCGGCUGUUUGGUGCUUGGAUGAACUCGGUAACAACGUAUCAGGACUCUACAACAGCAUGGCUCAAUUCCGAUGGCGUUUUGUCAUGGGUGACCUCGACUAUGUAUGAACGCUUCGCUGGAGGCGGCUACAUGAGUGGCGUUAAGCUUGUCCGUGGAUACACAGAGCCCGGCAAGACCAAGCCAAAAACAGACUCUUCCAAGGACGAGAAGGCGCCGACUACACCAACUGACAACAAGAACACGGAGGAACAGCUCGACAAGGCAAGAAAACGUAGGUCUGCGCCACCGACGACAAGGUCCGACUCCAUCGACAUAGCACGUUCGAGCGGGGAGGAAGAGGGAACAGGCCAAACAGCAAUUGAGAUCAGAGGGGAUAGUCUCAAGCGGCAGAUAUCGUCGUUGCUUGAGAGCGAAAACCGCGAUGUCGACCGGGAGGAAGAAGCCGUGAGGAAGAGGGAGGAAAAGGAAAUACAGGAUGACUACAACGCACCAGCCGGCGAGACACAGGGGCGUGAGAUUGAGCACCUUGUCCUGAUUACUCACGGUAUUGGCCAGUUGCUUGGACUGCGAAUGGAGAGUGUCAACUUCGUCCACGAUGUCAACACGUUGAGGAAGACGAUCAAGUCUGUCUACACUACUUCUGAGGAUCUCAGGGCCCUCAACUCAGAAAUUGGCGGAGGUCCAGGCAAUUCUCGUGUGCAGGUGUUGCCCGUGUGCUGGCGUCACUUACUGGACUUUCCCAGAAAACGUGAGGAGAAGAAGAGCGAGCAGGACAUCGGCCUUGCGACGACCGAAGAAGACGAGUAUCCUUCCCUCGACGACAUAACGAUUGAAGGCGUGGCAUUUGCACGAUCGCUUAUAUCUGAUUUGGCAUUGGACGUCCUCCUAUACCAGAGCGCUUACAGAGAACAGAUCUCCGAGAUUGUGUUCAAAGAGGCCAACAGGAUAUACAACCUUUUCGUUGAGAGAAACCCUGGCUUUAAGGGCAAGGUUCAUAUCAUGGGUCAUUCCCUCGGGUCUGCAAUCAUGUUCGAUAUUCUGUGCCGCCAGCAAGAGAUGAAGAAACAAGUUGAGCAGUCCAAGAACCCGCUCAGAAUCUGGCCAUCCGAAGCUCGGAAGCCCGCGACAAAAGACCCUCGAGACUUGACAUUCGACUUUGAGGUUGAUGACUUCUACUGCCUCGGCUCUCCGAUUGGAUUAUUCCAGAUGCUGAAGGGACGAACAAUCUCUGCCCGCCAUCUCACAGGUGGCCUACCAGCGAACAGUCCUUUUGAUCCAGACUCAGCCGACGAUCCCUUCCGCACGACGCCUCUAGCAGUCGACCACCACCGCAUUUCCCCUGUCACAGGACUGCCGUAUUCUGUGUCUUCGCCUAAAGUGUCCCAGAUGUUCAAUAUUUUCUACCCGGCCGAUCCAAUAUCCUACCGUAUCGAGCCCCUCAUCUCACCCGCCAUGUCCUCUUUGAAGCCUCAAAACUUGCCCUACACCAAGAAAGGCAUCUUCGGUGCUGUGGCUCCCCAGGGCAUCUCAGGCAUCGGUGCCAAGGUCGGGCAAAGUGUCAGCGGCCUGUGGGCGAACAUUAGUGCCGGGCUGGCUAACAAUCUAUUAAACCGCAGCCUGGGGCUGACCCACGAGGAUGUUGCGCAAAUUACCGCCUCACAGCAGCAGCAGCAGCAGCAACAGCAGCAGCAUACGCCAAGCCCAGGAGCUGGGACCAACAUCUCCACGUCGUCUGGCGUAAUCUCUCGGCAGGACUCGUCCACAAGCCUCAGCCAAAAGGCGGCGGAGCGCAAGAGGCAGCUGGCCGAGGAUCAGGGCGGUCGCAAGAGCAUCAGCGGGAACGAUAUGACACUUCUGGACGACGACCUGGAGACGUUGUACAGCAAGUUCCAGAAGGGCAGGGCGGACAAGAUCAAAGAAGAGGGCGGUGCACAGGACGAGACGGAAAGGGAGGACUGGCUUGCGCAGGAGAACAAGGCGGCGCGGGUGCGCAAGGAGGAGAUGAAGGUGCGAGCGCUCAACAGGAACGGGCGGGUCGACUACAGCAUCCAGGAGGGCGCUCUGGACUUCAACCCGAUGAACACAAUCGCCAGCCACAUGGCGUACUGGGCGGAUGAGGACGUGGCACACUUCAUCAUGAGCCAGCUGCUCUCCAGGAAGGGGGAGGGCAGUGAUGCAGGGAGGAGGUGA